UUUUGUCUGACUUGAGCUGGGCCUAUAGCCAACUAAACAACGUUUUAGGAGACAGCAUUAGAUAUCCAGCAGGGGCUGUACGUUAUAUGUAUGGCUUUAUAAACACAAUAACUAAGCGCAGUGCAAAGAUUGAUCCCCACUGUAGGUGUAUGAGCGGGAGCCCUUGGGUGUCAGACUGUGGACAGGCGUGGCAGUGGGCUGGUCCAGGCGCACCGAGCGAUGAAAAACAUCAGGAUCCAUUGACUUGGUACCAGCUGAGGCCCUGAAAUAGUCUGACAAAGGAACCCCAGGGUCGCAAGCCAACACUGACAGAUUUGUUGUAAUUAACUACAUCUGCUUCUUCCGAGGACGGAUGUGGGUGUGCCGCACCCACACAGAAGACACGGUCCUGAGGAUGAUGCACUGAGUUACCGAGCCGUAUCACUAGCUAACUUCCUGUUAGUGGAUCUGAUGCUGCUGUCUCCGCGUUUGCUCUGCUAAUGCUGCAUGUUGUAUAGCUCUGCUCUUCCACUCGGCCUGUACCCUGAGGAAUACAGCAUCCUUAAUGUGAGGUUAUCCAAACCCACCCCUGGUUGGAAGACAUCAACUGCAAAACAGUAGAAGAUGAGCAAGUCGCCCACUCCCAAAGGCACCCCGGUGCAGCGCAGCCCCAGUGAUGGGGUCCCUGAGGGCCUCCUGUCUCCUCAGCAUUCCACACCCAGCUCCGGACCCCAGCAUAAGAAACGCAUCUCCAGCCUCCUUCAGAGUCCGUCAUUCAGGGAGGAGCUGGAUGUGCUGAUCCAGGAACAGAUGAAGAAGGGUGGCAGCUCAUCCAACCUAUGGGCACUGAGACAGCUGGCUGAUUUCAUGGCGUCGCAUGGCGCCCCGGCCGCCCUGCCUGUCACCCCUUCUAACAUGAUGAUGGUGACUCCCAUCAAUGACCUGCAGGGCUGGGAGCCUGGCAGCAUGGUGAAGGGGGAGAGGUUGAUGCGCUGCAAGCUGGCUAGUGUCCAUCGCCUGUUUGACCUGUACGGCUGGGCCCAGAUCAGCCGCACCUGUCUCACUCUGCGUGUCAGUAAAGAACAGGAACACUUCUUGGUGCUUUCAGACGGCCUGGCCUACAGUGAGGUGACUGGAUCCAGUCUGGUAAAGGUGAACAUCCUGGGUGAAGUGGUGGAGAAGGGCAGCACCAACCUGGACGUGGACCCAGAGAAGUUCAGCCUGCACUCGGCCAUCUACUCUGCCCGGCCAGACGUUCGCUGUCUGCUUCACCUCCACACACCGGCCACGGCUGCGGUUUCAGCAAUGAAGUGCGGCCUCCUGCCUCUGUCCCAUGAGGCCCUGCUGGUCGGUGACGUGGCUUAUUACGACUACAACGGAGUCAUGGAGGAGGAGGAGGACAGAGUGGAGCUGCAGAAGAGCCUGGGCCCAACCUGUAAGGUUCUGGUGCUGAGGAAUCACGGCAUCGUGGCUCUGGGGGAGUCUGUGGAGGAGGCCUUUUGCACUAUCUAUCACAUCCAGGCUGCCUGCCAGAUCCAGGUGUCAGCUUUGUGCUGUGCCGGUGGUGAACAGAACCUGAUUCUUCUGGACCGGACCAUCCAUAAACCCAACGUAGCCGGCACCGUGGGCUGGGCUGGCUCCACCUUUGGACCCCUGCACAAGAGCCGCGUCGGGGAGCACGAGUUUGAAGCCCUCAUGAGAACCAUGGAUAACUUGGGCUACCGUACAGGCUACGCCUACCGUUUCCCUGUGCUGCUGGAGCGUUCGCGGACGCGGAGGGAGGUGGAGGUGCCUGCAACCGCCACGGCUUUCCACCAGUUUGAUGACGACGGAGUCCACCCGGCUCUGAGGCAGCACCCUUUCGCUCAGCGCCAGCAGCAGGAGAGGACUCGGUGGCUCAACACCCCCAACACCUACCAAAAAGUCAACCAGGAGCAAGCCAGCCCGGGUCAGCGCACCACUUGGUUGAAGGCAGAAGAGGUGACACAAGCUGGCAGCACAGCCAUCAAGAUAGAGACCACAAACCAGUUUGUGCCUCUUUUCACCAACCCUCAAGAGGUGAUUGAGACACGAAACAAGAUCCGACAGCAGAAUCGUCAGGACAUGAAGACAGCAGGACCACAGUCUCAAGUCCUCGCCAGCGUUAUAACAGUCGACAGUCCUCCGUCUCCAGUCAGCCCACCUGAAGUCCCACCAGGGCCAGAACCUCCCAACCCCUUCAACCAGCUGACAGACCAGGAGCUGGACGAGUACCGCAAGGAGGUCCAGAGGAAACAGGACGGAGGGACCAAUGAAGGGGAGGAGGUGGCGAACGACAAGGAGUCUCCCCCCGCUAACUCCCCCACAAAGGGCCCCCCGCCAAGCCCCCCUCCUCUCUCAGAAGAGGCAAAGACGGACCCUCCAGCCAUACAGAACGGCAGCGAGGAGGAGAAGCAGACGACCGAGGAGCUGGAGAAAGGGAUGAAGGCUCUUUCCACCAACGACACCACCUCCACACCUGCUGCUCCUCUGCCCCCCAAACCCCAAGGCGGUACCCCGGAGGGCUCCCCCUCCAAGUCCCCGUCCAAGAAGAAAAAGAAGUUCAAGCCGCCGUCGUUCCUGAAAAAGAGCAAGAAGCAGAAGGAGAAAGCCGAGACCUGAGGCGUUCACGCACACCUGGCCCCCGGUGAAAUACUACCGGGAAACAUUUCGUAGUGAAUGCUGGAGUAAGCAGAUGAGUUAACCACAUCAGAUCUAUUCAAUCACAGUCAGUUAACACGUCACUCACAGACACGCUGUACGAAAUUGACUUGCAAAUACUUUCCUGCAACACUGGUACUCACUGAUCUGAUCUAAGUGGUCUCACACACACACACACACACACACACACACACACACACACACACACACACACACACACACACACACACACACACACACACAGUUCCUGUAUCACUCACGUCUUAUUUUCACCUGCUGUGCUAUGAAACCAUUCAUUAACUUCACUGUAUAGGCAUUCAAACACUUUCCUUUCUAAAACUGGGAUUGCUCGUGUGAUUGUGUGCACUUGUCGCUCCAAAUUUGUUUCAUACCAUUUUUUUUUUAAAUCACAACUUUGCAAGACACAGUGGAAAUGUAAGUCUCCUUGAGUUAUGCACCUCUUAUAUAUGUAUAGGCACUUGACAUAUGUAUAUUGACAUUCUAGUAUGUUGCAUUUAUUCAUCAUCAUAGGCAUCUUCUAGUCAUGAUUUGGUUCUAAUUCUCUGAUAGAUGUUGCAGGUAUUCUGUGUGAACACAGGUGCAGUACAUGUAGAAAUAUACUGAUAGCUACUGAUUGUGCUCUUCUGAAUGCUGGUUUUGUGUAAAACUAUCAGCCUAUUGACGUCAUUGCAGCAGGGAAGAACAAAGAAAAAAGAAUGCCGGGAAAUAUGCUGGCUCGCAACAAAACACAAGUCGCUAUAAAUGCCUCUGCUACCCCAAAACAGGAUAAAGCAUUAAAUAAAUUGUUGCUUGCCAAUGCAGUUUGAAACCCAGUAAUAGAAGAUACUGAAGGUACUAAACAUUCCACUUUUUCCCCCCAUCUUCUUUUAAAUGUAUGUAUGUGUGCAAAAUACCUCUUAACAGUUGUAAUUAUUUUCUGUUUUAACCAGUAGCUGUUAUCAAAAUGCUGACGUGUGAUGUUUGCUCAUGGUUUUAAUUUAUUUUAUAUUAGAAUGUACAAGUGAGUGUUGCAAGGUUACCAUGUAUCAGUCAUUAAAGAUCAAGUUUGAUUUAAAACCAACAGGA